UUAUAAAAACGGAGUUAAUCGUACAAUCAAUUACAUUCAGAGAAACAUCAAGUCAUAACAACAACAAUUACCAAAGCAUUUUAUAUUGAUUUCUUAUUUUCCCCAGGAAAGAUGGUUCCAUUGAACAGUUAAAAGUCUUAACUAUUAACGUCUUUAAUCAUCCAACAAUCACUUUUGUUUAACUUUGUGCCAAUUGAUCAAGAGCUUGUGUAGCAAUUAGAUAACCAUGGAUAAUAACGAUAAAACAGAUUCAACUCAGGAACUAACGGAGUCAACACUUAAAAAGGAUGAAACCAAAUUUCAAUCUUCCUUUGCAUCAUUACGGAGUAAACCCAAUCCAUUGGAAUGGCAAGAUGUUGAAGUCAAAUUUGGUCGAAGACCUUUGAGACAACAGGACAGUACAAUGGCUCGAGUAACUGAUUCAGCUGAAAAUUUUUGCCUUAAAAGUCCAAUAGUUGUCUGGUUGUUGACCAUAUUUCCCAGUAUAACCUGGAUUCGGAACUAUUCAAUAAAAAACUAUUUAAUUCCUGAUAUAAUUUCUGGCUUAACAGUCUCUGUUAUUCAUGUACCACAAGGAAUGGCCUAUGGUCUUUUAGCAGGAACCAAUCCAGCAAAUGGACUUUACGUUUCAUUUUUCCCAGUCUUAAUAUACGCUCUAAUGUCUCAAAGCAGACAUGCAUCAUUAGGUACAAUGGCAGUAACCAGUAUAAUGACGAGUAAUGUGCUUAAUCAUCUUGGUGCAGUACCACAAGCAGCUUUUAAUUCAACCCAACUCGCAUCGUUUGAUCGACCGCCAACUAUUGAAGAAGCCAUUACAACCCUGUCAUUUAUUUGUGCCAUUUUCAUGCUUAUCGGAGGUAUAUUUCAAUUAGGAGUCCUCUCGCUGGUUUUAUCGGAACAGAUGUUAACAGCCUUUGCCUGUGGAGCGACCUUUCAUAUUGCUGUGGCCCAGUUGGAAAGUGUAUUAGGUAUAACAGUACCUAAACAUUCAGGACCACUCAAAGUUAUAUUUACUCUGUUUGAUGUGUUGAAGAACAUUCUCUCAACCAAUCUGGCAUGUUUGGUUAUAUCAAUAAUCACAACCGUCUUGAUGGUGUCUGUUAAAGAGUUUUUUGAUCCUUGGCUUAAGAAACGCGUCAAAUCAAAUAUUCCUAUUCCCAUUGAAUUAUUUAUUUUGAUUAUUGCCACUACAGCGUCUUGGGCGCUUGAUUUAAACGUUAGAUAUGGUGUUCCAGUGAUAGGAGUUAUACCGUCUGGUUUACCAGAGAUAAAACCUCCUCGACUUGAUUUAGUUGUUGACAUAUUGCCUGAUGCUGCUGCGAUUGCUUUGGUUAGUUAUACUGUGACACUAACUGCUGGCCUCUUGUUUGGUAAAAAGUACAAGUAUAUUGUUGAUCCGUCACAAGAAAUGUUGGCUCUUGGUGCAGCUAAUUUGUUGGGUUCAUUUACAGGUUGUUUUCCGGCUACCAGUGGAAUCAGUAGAACUCUUUUAAUUGAUAAAUCAGGAGUUAAAACACAAUUAGCUGGAAUUGUAUCGUCAGUUGUGUUGCUCUUCAUCAUUCUUUAUCUUGGUCAUUUGUUUCACUCUUUACCCAAAUGUGUUUUAGGAUGCAUUAUUUUAGUUUGCCUUAAAAAUAUGCUAAUGCAGUCAACAAACUUGGUCCGAUUGUGGAAAAUAUCAAGACUCGAAGGUUUAUCCUGGGCAAUCACCUUCUUCUCAGUAAUAGCAAUUGAUGUCGAUUAUGGUAUAAUCAUUGGAAUCUGUUCUUCACUUUUCUUCCUUCUCAUCCAAUUUAUACUGCCAAAGGCAACAAUACGAGGUUUACUUCCAUCCACUGAAAUUUAUGUUGAUAUAACUCAAUUCACUAAGGCUCAGGAGAUUCCAGGAUUGAAAAUAUUCCGUUUCUCAAGUGCUCUUUUCUUCCUGAACUCAGUGAAUUUCCGUGACUCCUUGUACCGUUUGUGUUUACAAAAAACCUACAGCCAAUUGAUGGACUUAUUGGAGAAGAAAAAGUUGUUGAAUCAAACGGUCAACACAAUAAUCAUUGAUUGUUCCACCAUUGCUUUUGUUGAUUCAUCAGGUGUUGAAGCCAUUUUGGAUGCCAUUAAUACAUUGAAAGAGCUUGGUAUUCGUUGUCAUCUCGCAUCUUGUACAGCAUCUCUUAUGGCAAUGUUUGAAAGAACCUCUUUCCGAGACAAAUUACCAAAAGAUUAUUCGUCUAUAUUUCCUAUGGUUCACGAUGGUGUCAUUUAUUAUUUACAACAUGAUUAUCCAGAAUCACAUGAUACAAACACAAUACCAUCUUCAAUCAGAUUUUGAAUACCAUCUGAAAGAAAAAAGUUUCAAAAUAAUCAAAAACAUUCUGAAAAACCCAUUGGUAUUGUAAAUAAAACAAACAAACUAAAUAAUUCAAAUCAAUAAUGUAAUCUGUAAAAAAAUUAUAAUCCAAAUUAACUUUGAACAUUUAA